AUGGAAGAGGAUCAAGAGCAGACGAGUUUCACGUUUGAGAUAGAUAACUUCUUCGACAAGGAAGGUUUUAUAACAUCACCAACAUUCUCAAGCGGCGGCUGCGAAUGGUAUGUUGGGGUUUAUCCCAAAGGAAAAUAUAUUGAUGAUCACUUGUCUCUCUUCCUCCAAGUUGCGAAUCCGAAGUCAUUGAGACUUGGAUGGAAAAGACGAGCUAAUUAUUCCUUCUUUCUGGUGAAUCAAUCAGGCAAAGAGCUCUUCAAAAUAAUUGAAUUGUCGGGCCAAUUGUUCUGCGCUCAGUUCUCAGGAUGGGGUAGUCCAAAAGCUUUACAUCUUAAAAAGCUUCAAGAAGAAGGGUUUAUGGAGAAGAACAAACUGAUAGUUAAAGUGGAAGUCAAAGUAGUUCACUACAAAAAAAAAGGCUUCUAA